CCAGUCAAAUUGUCAUUGCAAUUUUGGUAAAUGCAAUGGAUUGGACACCAAUUUUAAUUGAUUUUGUUAGUUAAUUAGAAUAGAAAACUAAUUAUUUCCGUUAGACUGUUACAAUCAUGAAAGAAAAAUGGAAUUUUAUUUUAUAUUUAGUAUGGUUUGCCUACUUGAUUCUAUCAGCGGUUCUCAUGUUCGGACAUGGAUUCCUGUUGUCCCGUAAAACACUGAGUGAUGUGACUGAAUGUGUACCAAUUGAUAACUUUGGCUGUGAUGGACAUGAAAAUUCUACCGUGAAAGGUUAUUGCAAUGAAGAAGAGAAAAUCCGACGUAUAUUGGCUGUGCCUGGUGGUCCGCUGGCUUGCGUUCCGAAGCAGUCUAGAGUGGUGUUUUUACUAGUUGACGCACUUCGUUAUGAUUUUACGGAGUAUGAUGAGAGUAUUGUGAAGCCGUUGCCUUAUCAGAAUCGGUUGCCAGUGAUGCGUGAGAUGUUGGAUCGCUGGCCGGACAGCACGCGCCUCUACCGGUUCAUGGCAGAUCCGCCCACUACUACGCUGCAGCGGGUGAAGGCGCUCGCUACAGGCUCACUGCCGACAUUUAUUGACGCAAGCUCAAAUUUUGCAGCCAUGGAAUUACAGGAAGACAAUAUCAUUGAUCAAGUGACAAAGAAUGGAGGGCGGGCUGUAUUGCUUGGAGAUGAUACUUGGUCUCGGCUGCUACCAAAGCGCUGGUUGAGGUCACAUGCAAUGUACUCAUUCCAUACUUGGGACCUGGACACUGUUGACAACGAAGUUGAUGCAAAAAUAUAUGAUGAACUGAGAAGAGAUGACUGGAACUUGUUAGUGGCUCAUUACCUUGGAGUAGAUCAUGCAGGUCAUAGAUAUGGGCCUAACCACCCUGAGAUGACAAGGAAGCUAGAUGAGACUAAUGCAAGGUUGAAGAAAGUCAUCUCCAUGUUGCCUCCUGAUGUUCUUCUGUUCGUGGUUGGAGACCAUGGCAUGACAGAAAAUGACUCACAUGAGUGGACCAACUCAGAUGGUGACCAUGGAGGCGAAAGUAAAGCUGAGCGAACAGCGGCGUUCUUUGCUUACCGAGGCGCUGGUUUGGCGGGAACUGGCGUGGAUGUGAUGAUAGGGAAAGAAGUACAGCAGACUGAUCUAGCACCUACACUCAAUGCGGCGUUAGGAAGACCUCCCCCAGCCCCUUCACUAGGACACCUACUCUUACCUGUUCUACCAGAGGCCACCAAAAGUCAUACAUUGCUACAUAUUACCAACAAUCUAAAACAGAUAACACAAUACAUGAUUCGCUACGGCGAGGAAUCCCAGCAAGUGUCGCUCGACCGGCUCACGCAUCUUAUCAACGCGACGCGGGAACAAUUACACAAAGCCGCCUCCGUUGAAACGGAUGACGACCUUAACAAUUACGCAGCGGAUGUCAGAGCUCUCGUCGACAAUGUGCGAAAUGUUUUCCGAGAAGUUUGGGUCGAGUUUGAUUCCCUGUCUAUGCUUAGAGCUCUUCUACUUCUUCUUUUGGCCAUAUUUUUCAACUGGUUGAUUACCGAGGGUAUUCCUAUGGAACGCCUUCCUAAUGUGUUCGCUAGUACGUUUGUCCCGACGGGGCUCAUUUCGAUGGCUGUUUGCAUCGGCGUGUGUUACACAGCAUUUUAUUUCAAGUUCCUAGAAGAUUUAGAACACGCUAUUAUUUUGAGUACUGGUUUAAUAUCAGCCAGUAUAACUUGCGUUUUAAUAAUCAUGCACUGGGAUGGGAUUGCGCAGCGGUGGUACGAGGGACGUUCUCAGUUCUAUGAACGUUUUGCUCGCGCGGCUCUUGCGGCAUCUGCGGCAGUGUUAGUGUCGAACAGUUACAUUAUAGAAGAAGGCGCUACUCUCGCGUUCUUGUGUAUGACUGUGUUGGGUCUGAUGGCUUGGAAUAUUGGCAACGCAACCGCGUUGUUAUAUUGGAUCGCCUGUGGAGUAGCGUUUGCAGCCUCUAGGUCGUAUCGCGGUUGCAGAGAAGAACAGGGUGAUUGUUGGACGGCUGGGGCGGGCGUGCCGACUGGGCAAUCGUCGCGGCCAGCGCUGGUGCUGGGGAUGGGGACAGUAGCGGCUGUGGUAGCGAUAUGCAGGAGACAUGUAGGCUGGCGGGGUUAUUGUACAGUCGUGGCGGGGUUGCUGGCCUGUUCUCACUGGGCGACGGGUUAUGGCUCCCUGGGAUCUCCCAGCCGGGCCAAGCUGUUGGCUCGUGCCGCGUGGCUGGUGCUGGCAGUGAUGCUGGCGCUGCUGUGGAAGCGCGAGGGUCGCGGCGCCACGCUGCCUCUGAUGGCGGGCGGCCUCAUGUUGUUUGUCGCCAACACGUUAGUACUCGGCGUGUCGUACGCUCCUGCCGCUGUGAUUUCCUUAGUACUGGCAUGCUUAGCUCUCAAUCUGGUAGCUAGGCUGAAGAGUGAAGGGUCUACGAAGUUUUCUUUGGCAACUCGAUGCAAUUCAAGCGUGGCGUGUAUGUGGGCAUUACUGGCGUCGUACGCUUUCUACGGCACGGGUCAUCACGCGACACUGGGCCACGUGCGAUGGGCCCCUGCCUUCCAUGCUGGUGACCCGAACUAUUUGGACAUUGGACCUCCUAUUACUGCUUCUUUGGUCUCACUUGAAUUAUUCGGUACUAUAUUUGCAUUUGGCGCUGCAGUUCCUCUCCUAGCACUGUGGGGUCAGAAUGGAGCGGCCCGAGUAGGGCCUCGCACACAACUAGCCGCCGUAUUCUCUCUGUGCCUGAAAUUUAUGCUAUGCUUCGCUAUUCGAGUAUUCGCGUGUGCGAUCUCGGCAACGAUCCACUGCCGGCACCUGAUGAUAUGGGGCGUGUUCACUCCGAAGUUGUUGUUCGAGGCGGGCGCGUGCGGCGCCGCGCUGCUGGGCGCUGUGCUCGGCGCCACGCUGGUCGCCUGGCACCUACCCACACAACACCGCUCUAGUUGACACAAACGGUUACAUUAGCUCGUAAUUUUAUAUGGACUGGAUCAAUGGGGGCCUCGUUAACUUACAUAAAUACUUUUAUAAAUCAUAAUUAUUUGUUUUCAGAGAUUUUGUUGACACAAGAAAGGGAUUGUAUGAUACAUUCUGUAUGCACCCUAUUCUUGUAUGCACAUGAGUAUAUAAUAAAGAAGUUUUCGCAAUUAGUACCUGAACAAAUAUUCUAAAUGAGAAUAUUUAAUUGUUGUACUGUUGUACACUUGCCCUAAUAUGGCGAGUUAUUUAUAGAAUUUAUUCACAAUAUUUUUGUUUUAAUACUCAUAUUGUAUUAAUUAUAAAAGCCAGAACAAAGCAAUGAAAAUGUAUUUAUAAACCAACUGUGAUUUUGUGACCUAGUGUAUGAGAUUCUUUUAGAUCAAUUAAAGGUAAUUUAAAUGUAAUAAUGUUCAUUAGACUAUUUUACAAGUAAGUUUUUUCCUACAAAAGAUAAAACCAAAUAUUUCUUUUAAAUUAGGUCAUUGUAUUAAAUUGUUGGUUAAUUAGUCAAAUCGAGUGCAUUUUAUUAUUAAUCUGCCAAAUUACUAUAUAUUAUGAAUGUUGAGAUGGUAGAAUAGUAGUAUAAUAUAUUAUUAUGGUCAGAGUAUAUUAUCUUGUCCGAGGCCCUCAAUCUAUUAUGCUUGGACAGACUGUUGUAUAAUAAAUAUAAUUGUAUUGUUUCGGUUGAAAUUAUCGAGAUAUUAUAUAAUACACGCGAAUGUGAAAGACGUUUAUAAUGUUACAUUUUAUUGGAAUGUUUUACUGUGUGAGUUGUAAAGUUCUUUUACCAAGUUACGGGUUUCAUUUUGUGCUUAAUGGUUGUAUUAAUUUAAUUGUUUUAUACUUAUGACGACGUUGUGUCGAAAGCAUUUUAAUAUGAUAGAUAUUUUUAACAUGUAUUUAAAUAUAAUUUAUGGUAUUUGAACAAUCACUGCCAUAGGCUGUUAGUUGUUACUCAAGAUAAUGUUUAAAUUAUUGUUAUUUCUUUGAUUGGAAUAGAAAUUAACUUAAUGUAGAUCCAAACAAUCAGUAUUUGUUCUAGUUGACAUACACUAAAUUAUAGUUAUGUAUUAUAACUUAAAUUGCCAUAUUUGAAGGAUAGAGUAGUUAUUUACUAGUUAAUCCAUUGGCAUUAUGAUUUUGGUUUUAAAUCAGUAUGAUUUUUUUUUAUAUUAUAAUAAUAAUAAAGAUUUUUAGCACACAA